AUGAAAUGUGAUCAUCGGAAAAUGUCAAAGAGGAUUAAUAAUAUUCGGAACCCGUGUGAUGACAAUAAACGAUUAAUCGUCAAACCGAAUAUUAUUUAUUCAUCGAGAAUAAAACCACUGACACGUGCAAAGAAGGAGGAAAUUGAAGAGGUGAAAGCAAAAUUAAAGGCACAACUACCGGCCCUCACAUCUACUGGGGUUCGAAGGUAUCGAGUGCCGCAUCAUGAAUCGGUUUUGCUGGAGCUGAAGGAAGCCGGGUUCCUCGAAGCCGAGGCUUAUUUCAAAGGACUCUACGAAUACGAAGAUAAAUCAAUUAAUUUUGGAGGAAAAAGAUUGAAAGACCAACGUCACCUCGUCGAGCGAUUAAAAUAUGGGCUAAUUAAUGCAGAAUUAGCCAAGAGAACAGAUGACAAAGUGAAACAGACACUCGAAAUUUUGGAAACUGCGUUGUUCUACCAAUCGCUGAUGCCCGAGUGGUUUUGGAUCGCCGAUAAAUUAUUCCAAACAUCUUUGGAGAUAGCAGACGACAUCGUGGAAGACGAUGGAGAAACGCUGAACAUUGUGAAGUACAUCAGUGGAAGUUUUCUCUUCCAAAAAAUGAAAGAUGGAAAAAGGGCUUUCACGCUGUUGGACGAAGCUCGAGUAGCAUCUGCAGGAAAACCCUGGACUGCCUCCAAAAUAUUAAAAAUUCAACAACGAAAUCUCUUUCAGGAGACGAAUCUCAUUUUGAAUGAAGUGUUGACAGCUCUGGCUGAAGAGUCAAAAGAGGAAGAUCCGGACUUAGCGGUGAAGAUUCUGACGGAUGCGAUUGAAAGGGCCCGUGAUUCUGGAGACGAGGAGCACCUUUCAAGGGCUUUCUAUGAAGCGGGAAAGAUGCAGUUGUCUGCGAAGUUCACCCCCGAAGCUCAUCAGAGCUUUUUAAACUAUUUAGAAAUAGUUGAGAGACUCGCAGACGCUAAUGGGAUCUGCAAUGCUUACAAAGGACUCGCGUCUGUUUAUAAAGGAUUUUUUCAGGUCCUGAAGGACGCAGACCAAGUGAAACGAAAUUUGGAUUUGUUCAAAGAACACGCGGAUGUGGGAGGAUUGGCUGAGAGACUUGCAGAAGCUCAUUAUCAUAUCGGAGAAUUCGAUCUCGAAGAGGGUCGACCAAUCUCUGCGACUCAGCAUUUGAUCAUCGCUUUUGAAUCGUAUAAAAAGCUGGAGAUGCUGGAUGAAAUGGACAGGGCAAGAUUCCUGGCUGGAGUAUCGAAAGGAGAAGAGCUGAAGGCAGCAUACCUGGAGCUGAUGGAAAAAUGCCAGGAAAAUGAUGCAGAAGCUCUGAGAAAAAUCCUGGACUGGAGGCUCAGGCGGACACCCUUCUGGACCUCUUGACUUCCUAUUUUUCAUUUACCUUUAACUUCCUGACAAAAUAAAUAAUUUAAAAAAUGAUUUGCCGAUGUAUUCCCAUUUAAUCUGAUAGAAUUUAAGUGGAUGUAUUAAAUUAAAACCAAAUGAUAAUUAGAAUCAUUAUUAAACGUGAAGGCGAAGGGCUAGAAAAUCCUGUGACAUAUGAAUAAAUAAAUAAAUAAAUAAA